AUGCAAGCCAGAAUAGAGGACCAAGAUCUUGAGAUUCAGAGAUUGAGGCAGCUGGGUGCUCCUGCAGUGCCGGUGCCGGAAGUUCCAGUGCUACCCGCCCCUGUUGCCCAGGCCGAGAUAGUGGCCAAUGUAGUGGCCAAUGUAGUGAAAGAUUGGACUCCUCCGCCUGAAGAUUGGAUCAAAAUCAAAUGUGAUGUCAGGGUUGGUGGAGAUUCCAUGUGUAUGGCGACCCUGGCUAGGGAUCAUUCUAGAACUGUUGUGUGGGCUGCUGUUAAUAUGCUCAACUUUAGAGACCCUCUGAUUGGUGAAGCGGCGGCGUGUCGUCUUGCUUUGGACUCGGCUAGACUCAAGAACCACAACUAUGUCUUAGUGGAGAGUGAUUCUGAAAUAGUUAUCAAGGCUCUUAAAGGAUUGCACUCUAGUUGGAGUAUUGAUAAUUAUGUCUCAUUAUGUAAUCAACUCUCUAAAAACUUUUUAUCUUGUAAUUUUUCUUUUAUUUCUCGUUGUUGUAAUUUUGUGGCCCAUAAUGUGGCUAAUUGGACGUUCGCCCAAAAUAUUUCAGGAUUUGUGGAGCCCUCCUCAAUUCUUGAUGCUAUCCUUUGUAAUGACCGCGAGGUCUAA